GAAUCUCUUAAAACACACACAGUCCCCAAACUUCAGAUCUUCACUGGAAAAAACACACACAUACACGUCCCACUGUGUGUGUAUGUUUCGCGUGAAAAAAAUGAGAUCUUGAAUUCGAAGAAGACAACAAAUCCGAAAAAAAAAUGGGGCUCUUAAAUCUUUCGUCCUCGAAGAACCGCCACGCGCGGCAAUGGCGUCUGUUGGAUAUAGUCACCGCCGCCUUCUUCGCAGCAGUCCUGCUCUUUUUCCUCUUAGUCUUCACCCCGCUGGGCGAUUCGCUGGCGGCUUCGGGGAGGCAGACGCUCCUGCGCUCGGAUCCGCGGCACCGCGGCAGAUUGGUGGCGCUGGUCGAGCUUGGGCGGCAGGCGGUGGCGAUCGACGCUUGCCCCGCCGACAUGGUGGCUCACAUGCCUUGUGAGGAUCCCAGAAUUAAUAGUCAGCUUAGCAGGGAGAUGAAUUUUUAUAGGGAGAGGCAUUGCCCUCUGCCGACUGAAACGCCGCUUUGUUUGAUCCCGCCGCCGGAAGGGUACCGUGUAUCGGUCCAGUGGCCGGAAAGUUUGCACAAGAUAUGGCAUGAUAACAUGCCAUACAAUAAAAUAGCCGAUAGAAAAGGCCACCAAGGAUGGAUGAAAAAAGAAGGUCCGUAUUUCAUAUUUCCAGGUGGCGGCACAAUGUUCCCAGACGGAGCAGUACAAUACAUCGAAAAACUCAAACAGUAUAUUCCCAUUGCUAGUGGAAAUCUAAGGACAGCUCUUGAUAUGGGAUGUGGGGUUGCUAGUUUCGGUGGGUACAUGCUCGCCGAAGGAAUUGUAACUCUUUCUUUUGCUCCAAGAGAUUCCCACAAAGCACAGAUACAGUUUGCUUUGGAGAGAGGGGUACCGGCAUUUGUUGCGAUGCUCGGCACACUUAGACUUCCCUUUCCUGGUUUCUCCUUCGAUUUGGUCCACUGCUCUCGUUGUUUGAUUCCUUUCACUGCAUAUAAUGCGACGUAUUUUCUUGAAGUUGACCGAUUACUUCGGCCAGGAGGGUACCUAGUCAUUUCGGGUCCACCUGUACAGUGGCCUAAACAAGAUAAAGAAUGGGCCGAUUUGCAGGCAGUUGCCAGAUCACUGUGUUACGAGCUCAUUGUUGUAGAUGGAAACACGGUCAUUUGGAAAAAGCCGAAUGGCGAUUCGUGUCUUCCUAAUCAAAAUGAAUUUGGGAUUGAAUUGUGUGAUGAAUCUGACGACCCAAGUUUUGCAUGGUACAUUAAGUUGAAGAAAUGUGCGAGCAGGACAUCUUCCGUUAAGGGAGAAUAUGCUGUUGGGUCGAUUCCGAAAUGGCCCGAGAGAUUGACAACAGCUCCUGCAAGAGCCAGUGUGAUUAAAAACGGGCUCGAUGUGUUCGAAGCUGACAAGAGAAGGUGGAUUAGGAGAGUUGCUUAUUACAAGAAUUCGUUGAACAUAAAACUCGGUACUCCAUCGAUACGAAAUGUCAUGGACAUGAACGCUUUCUUCGGAGGCUUUGCAGCUGCAAUAAUAUCCGAUCCCGUUUGGGUGAUGAAUGUGGUCCCCGCUCGAAAGCCUUCCACACUCGAUGUCAUUUUUGACCGAGGGCUUAUUGGAGUUUACCAUGAUUGGUGUGAGCCUUUCUCAACGUACCCUCGUACGUACGAUCUAAUUCAUAUAGAUGCUAUAGAGUCUCUUAUUAAAGAUCCUGUUUCUGGAAAGAACAGGUGUAACAUGGUAGAUUUGAUGGUGGAGAUCGACAGAAUAUUGCGCCCGGAGGGCAAAGUCGUCAUUCGAGAUUCGCCUGAAGUGAUAGACAAAGUAUACCGUAUUUCUCAUGCUAUAAGAUGGAAGGCUUCUAUACACGACAAAGAACCCGAAUCGCACGGAAAGGAGAGAAUUCUGGUGGCAACAAAGAGCUUGUGGAAGCUGCCUUCUUCAUCCCAUUGAAAAAAAAAGAAACUCCGUUUGCAACUUACGUAAUUCUUCUACAUUGAUCGGCUGUACACUUCCCUGCAGUUCUGUGCAGUUAGUUCUGUAGCGCGCUUACAUCUAUUUAUCUUAGAAGUGGUUUUUGUUUUCACUGUGAUAAAAAGAAAAUGUAAAAAGCUAAAUCGACAUGUUUACACUGCGAAGUAUGUGAAAAUGGUUGGAAUUUCGAUCUUUUUGGCUUGUCCGAUUUCGAAUUUUGUAGCGUUAGGCUGCUAUUAUAUGUAUAAUGUGAUCUCAAGUAUAUGUUUGUAGGAGAUGAUUGUUGCUAAAACUAUUGAAUUUUUAUGGAGAUUAUAAUAUUAUAUUAUUUU